GUCACGCCCUGUCGACCGUAUUGGCCGUCGAGCAGUCACGUGCCACGUGUGCGUCUCGGACAGACAGUGGUGCUGCUCCCGUUUGGAGGAUUACAUCAAUGCUUUUAGUACGGUCCACAGUGCGUUUCCUCAGGGUGGUGGCGGAGUAGCCCCGACGACUCGGCGGAACGUUGUCUCGGGGGGGGGUCGCACAUCCGAGGCCACGAACAUUGCGCACACCACGCAAGCUGCCAGGAACCCGGAGACUUCCUGUGCGCAUGUCUCCUCCAAGCUGUCCCUUGCCCAACCGGGGUCCGCGAUCGCCGGCCACUGCCUGCCGAACAAGUUGCACUGUCUGCCAUUCGGUUUCCUCCAGGUGUUAGAUUGGCGUUCCGGCCAACACGUGCACCCCUGACCGGAUUCCGGAUAUCUGGAUCUUCGCCGAGUUGGACUUCACCGCGCGGUGCCAGCGAACUUGCCUAGGCGGGACGCCGCCGGUUCUGGAGCUGGAUCAGCAGUGAGGGUCGAUGCAAUGUGCCGAGGAGUUCCAGCUCUGCCUGAAUGGCCACCAGCGUCCGCCGUGUCCACGGACGUGCGGCGUCGUACGCAGCUGCUGAGCGGACCCGUGGUCGUCUUCGGCCCAGUUUUCUUCUCACCGGGCACACUGCAGGAACUCGACAGUAGGACGGCGCCCAUGUGACUCCCAGUCGGCUCUUCGGUCUCUAGUGUGUUUCGUCGGGUACUACCGUUGUGUGCGUCGGUCUAGCCGCAGUUACGGCCGACGAUGUGUGUGCCCGUCCGGUUGGCGUUCCCGGGAUAACAUUGCGCGGCGCUUAGGAGGUCGCGCUCGAGUCGUCGACCACGGACAAUCGGCCGACGGGCGGGGCGCCCGCCCUGACCAGACACUGCCCAGCCAUGUCGGUGGGCGGCGAGGCGACUCUGUUCCCCAUGACCUUGACAGGGUUCCUACCCUUCUCGUCGCACAGGGUCUUGUGGUCCCUGACCCUACUACUCUCGUGUAUCGUGCCAGUGGCUGUGCACAUCGCGCGGCGGCGCCGCAUCGCCGAGCUCAUCUCCAAGAUCCCGGGGCCCACGGCGGCGCAUCCUAUCCUCGGCAACUUGGACGUGCUGUACGAGCUCAAAAAGUACAGGCACCUUCUGGCUCCGCACAUACUGCUGCUGCAGACAAUGUGUGGCUUAGCCCAGAUUCACGACAAAGACAGAAUCUUCAGGUUCUGGCUGGGGUUCAGACCUGUCGUGGCUUUCUUCAAGGCAGAAACAGUAGAGGUCAUAUUAAGUAGUAAUACAGUUUUAGACAAGUCUUUCGACUACACAUUAUUACACCCCUGGUUGGGCACCGGUUUAUUAACGAGUUCAGGCAACAAAUGGCGGCGGAGAAGAAAGAUGCUCACCCCUGCAUUCCACUUUCGGAUACUCGAAGAUUUUAUUCCGGUCUUCAACGAACAAGCAGUCAUCUUCGUCAGGAACCUCAAAGAACAUGUGCACAAGAAGUACAUCGACAUUGUGCCUCUGGUCACGCUAUGCACGCUCGACAUCAUAUGUGAAACCGCAAUGGGAGUCAAGGUAGAUGCUCAAUUAAAUAGCAACUCGCACUACGUCAGGUCGUUGUACGAAGUGGGCGAGACCUUUAUGGCAAGAGUCAUGCGACCCUGGCUUUGGCCCAACUACGUCUUCUACAUGUCAUCAUUCGGGAAGAAGUUCAAGGACAACCUUGCGCAGCUGCACAAUUUCACGAGAAAGGUCAUACGGGAAAGAAAAGCCGAGCUCCUGGAGCAGAAGGUCAUCGAUGGGCUUACUAUCGGGGAUCAGGUGAUCGGGCAGAAGAGGCGACAGGCAUUCCUGGAUCUCCUUCUCAGUCACCACAUCCAAGAUAGCAGUCUCACCGAGGAAGACAUCCGGGAGGAAGUGGAUACCUUUAUGUUUGAGGGUCACGACACGACAGCCAUGGGCAUAUCGUGGGCGAUGUACUUGAUCGGGCUUCACGCAGACGUCCAGCAGAAGAUUCACGAGGAACUCGACGGGAUCUUCGGCGAGGACAGGGAGCGCCCCAUUUCGCCAGAUGACCUCAAGGAAAUGAAGUACCUCGAGUGCGCCCUGAAGGAGUCCCAGCGGCUAUUUCCAUCGGUGCCAUUCAUCGGAAGAGAACUCAUGGAAGACGUGGUAGUGAACGGAUACACGGUCCCCAGGGGCACAACGUGUUUCCUCUUCACCUUUAUGCUUCAUCGGGACAAGGAGAUCUUCCCGAACCCUGAGGUGUUCGAUCCGGAAAGGUUUCGUCCAGAGAACUGCGUCGGGAGGCAUCCAUUUGCCUACGUUCCCUUCUCCGCUGGCCCUCGCAACUGCAUUGGCCAGAAGUUUGCCAUGAUGGAAGAGAAGGUGGUCCUGUGCUCAGUGCUGCGGAACUUCUAUAUUCACGCCGUGGACUUCAGGGACAAAAUCCACCUUGUGGCCGAACUGGUCACGCGGUCCAAACACGGGCUCAGGAUACGGUUAAAACCUCGUUAGAUGCUUGUGUUCCACCAUUGCCUAGCUACGGGCCCAGCGGGGACGCCAGUCCACUGUCCCAACAAGUCAUGGGAUCGUGACGACCGGCUCCGAGCCCCACAUGUUCCCCUGAACAAGAGACAGCGCUCCGGCGCGUUCCUUUUCAGGCGAACGGGAAAGGGACUCAUGCACAGGCUUCAGGCAAGGCGUCGACCGCAGGAUGCUGUGAAGGCCUCUGGAAAAGUGUCUGCGACUUCGCCAGUGUCACAUUCAUCCUAUAGCUUAAGUCGGACCUCAGCGGGUCUCGCUCUGGGUUCUUGCAAGCGGCUGACGGGCCUUGCUGGUGUCAGCCAAAGUGAUCGAGAAUUCCUGGAAGCAAUGUUGAUAACCUCAGUCUAUGUUGGAUCCCUAAUCUUUGUCCCUUGAUUUUCCCUUCCCCUGUAAAUAAGUUCACCUCUAUUUGAGUGCCAGCCCGUCGUGGACACGUGGAGGACAUGCAGCCAGUGUGGUUCAGUCUUCACCGCCAGAUGAAGAAAUUACUUUGCACGCCUCGUGCGUAUGUAAACUAACACCUUGCCACGUUCGGGCUGUCGUCGUGUGAUUGUCGUGAGGAAGCGUGCAUGAAUGUGUGAGUGCGUGUACUCGUGCGAAAUGGUGUGCCGAUGGAGUGAGUUCUGCAAUCGGUGCUCUUGUGCCUCGUGACAAACAACUUUUUUUGCGCGCGCGACGAAGAGCUUAAGACGUGUCCCUCUGAUUGCGACAAAGCAGCAGAAUCUGAUCGGCAGAGGCUUCUGUUUUGUUGUUAUUUUAAAAUUUUUUUUUACUGAUUCCUCUGCCUUUUUUGUAGUGUGCCAACACGUCCUCUCGUUUACGAUGACAAUUGCUCCUGCAUGACCUCGAAAGACUAUACGCCUUUUAACACGAGUAACAAUAUUUCGGCACACAAGAGAAACGACCCAAGCGUUGUACCUUUUUUGCCUUUAUACUAGUCCACUUUUGUUAAUGAACCUUGUUGUUUGUUUCAUUUCGAGGUGUGGUUCUUUGGAAAGCAACGGCAGUUUCUUUAAAACAUGUGACCAGCCUGUCACCCUAUUGAGGACAAGGAAAAAAACAAAGAAACAGUGUGUGUCGUGGGCAUGGAAUUAGGGUCUAUGCAGAAGGCGUACUCAAAUUCUUUAGAAGAAGCUGCCGCUGAAACGAUAUCCGAAACGCAAGCAUGCAGAGUCGCCGGUUCGGGACCACGUGUUUUGUCUACCAAAGAUGAUUCAAGCAGACAGACUCGAGUUGCCAAGUUACUGUAUUACACUUGACUGCCCAACACAUGAGGAGUGGACAAACUCGGGAUCUUGUUCGCCACGAUAAGUAGGACGAAAAAGGCCGUCACUUCCUCUAAACGACAGCCGUGAUAUUUGCCGCAGCAGAUGUUUAAUGCGGAGUGCUAACUACUGUCUGUCGCAUCGACAGCGAGCUUUUCAUUUGGACUUGAAAUCUGACUAACUAACCUUCUGCGCGUAAAUUCGCGCCCUAUUUCACUGAACAAAAACUCUUUCUUCCAUUUUUUUUACGUUCCCUUAUUUGAAACAGAGGUCCAGUCAAACCGGUGUGCUUGUUCGUCUAUUUAUUUUGUUACGAGGUAGUGCAACUGGUUUCUUGCCUUUCACAUAAUGAAGUCAAGAAAGUUCUCCCAUCAUUGCUGUUGAGAAUGAAAAUAAUAACUAUUACUCCGAGCGAACAAGCAUAAACUAACUAUGUGCUGAUUGGACAAAGAGAAGAGCCUUCUUAAAAAUGUCAAGCCAAGUUUCGAGGUGGCAGAGGUAAAUAUUAUUCACUCAGUUAUUGUUGCACUUCAUAUUCCGAUACUGAGGAAAACUAAAACAUUAUCAGAUGGUUCAAAUUUGUUUAAAAAAUUAACAUUCCAUUUCAAACCGUCGGCAAGACAACAUGAGCAAAUAACACAGCAAAUUAAUAAAUUUAGAUGCAAUCUUCGGGAAUAAACUACCAGCUUAGGAGAUGUAAAAAAAGAGCAUUAACGCUUAUUUCUCAAUUACUCUCUGCUCCAAACACCUUACCAGGCGUGGAGGGAACCACCUUCCAUGAUUAAAAAUCUAGAGCAAAAUUUAGGCUCGUAAUUUGGACUAUCGAACCAACUUGCUCACAAAACACGCAGCUUCUCGACUUUGUAGAGAAAAUGUUCUUGAAGUGAAAAUUCAGCAAAUAUAGUUUUGCGCCAUUUACUGGACCAUAAGCUGACAUUACUAGGUUUAAUUUCUUUCUCAUGGUCACCUAGUUUUUAAUCAUGGGCUGCAUCGCAAGUACAGCGAAGGGCAUUGUCGAUCGAAGCGCGUGGCUCCCAUCUGCCGCCAAUGUCUGAGCCACAUGUCACACGAAUCACACCUCGUAAUAGCGCAGGAAAUCAGCAUCAAGAGGUAUCGACGUUGCUCAUUCUGCCUCCUAGUCUGCUGUACAUAGACGAGGCACCCGGGGCACUUCGUUUCCUUCCCCAACACUGCGCUCUCGUGUCAAAUACCGCAGUCGACAGAGUUACCACAAGACUACAAAAUAAAUACACUUUCACGUCGAGUCACUGAGGGCUGGAGAAACGCACGGCGGGGACCAUUAUGUUCAUGCUCCUAGCUUCGUCAUUGGUUCUUCGAUUCUGGUCAGGUAAUAAUACCUAAAUCUCACUGGUAGCGGUACGAUAACAAGGUGCCCAGGAUUCGCCUCGCCUUCGCGUUUCUUGAGCUGGCAGUGACUCGAGCUUUAGCUUACGGGAAAUGAAGGCUCUUGCUUCAAACGCGUCUGGGAGUGCGAGGUUCGCUGCGGGAAAUAGGAAGUAAGAAAGAAGAAAAAUAAACACAUGCGCGGACAUUUGUGAAUGUAUCUUUUGUGUGCAUGUGAGAACGUUCGUGCGAGUGUGUGCGUGUAAAAUAAGUACAAUUUAAUAAAUUGUGACGUGGAUAUUUAUAUAACGACCAA